AGAGAGAUACUUGAGAGGUCAUAUCGGAAGAGCUGGAGAGACAGGGAUGAGUGUUGCUGGGUCACCCAGAGAAUAAUUCAUCAGUAUGAAGAUCACUGUUGUGGUGGUGGCGUUGGUGGCAGUGCUGGUGGGAGAGACAGCAUCAGCAGCUGUGGUUCCUGCCUGGAGACGAAGCCAGCCUCUUGAUCUCACCAGGACAAAAGUGAGGGACUCAGAGUGGUGUGAUGAGGUGCUUGGAUGUUUGGAGCUUAAUGACGAUUGGAGCAGUGAGGAUAGAAUCAACGUCCUGCCUUACUCCAGAGCCGCCAUCAACACACAGUUCCGCCUUCACACUCGAACGGCACCCGCUGAAGAGCAGGACUUCUUCAUCAGUGCUGACAAGACUGCGAUUGAUGCUACGACGUUUGAUCCCUCGAAACCCAUCAAAUUCAUCACCCACGGCUUUAUAGACACUGGUAACACGCAGUGGCUGAAGGACAUGGCUCAUGCAUUCCUCGUUUACGGUGACUACAAUGUCAUCCGUGUGGACUGGGGUGACGGGUCCCUACCCAUGUACUUCCAAGCUACGGCCAACACCCGUGUGGUGGGGCUGGAGAUCGCAUACUUGGUCAACUUCUUCAUUGACGAAUACGGUGUUGAUCCUGCCAAUGUCCACCUCCUCGGACACUCCCUGGGUUCACACGUCUCAGGUUACGCAGGUGAGAAGAUCACCAAUCUCGGCCGAAUCUCUGGUCUCGAUCCUGCCGGGCCGUAUUUCACCGAUACUCCCGCCUUCAUCCGACUCGACAAUACGGAUGCCGUGUACGUGGAUAACAUCCAUACGGACGCUAAAUCUAUUUUGUUGCUGGGCUACGGCACGGAGCAGCCUAUGGGCAAUAUAGAUUUCUAUCCAAAUUCGGGACGAAACCAGCCAGGAUGUGACCCCGUGGAUAUUGGUAUUGAGUUCAUCUCGGACAUCCCUGAUGGUGUACGAGAUCUGGCAGCGUGCAGUCACGGCAGGUCGUAUAAGCUGUACACGGACUCUCUGUACGAGCCGUGUCCCUACCUGGCCCACGUGUGCGCCGAUUACGACUCUUUUGAACUGGGUCGCUGUGCUACUUGUGCUGAGGACAACUCUAAAUGUGCUUUUAUGGGUAUCCACGCUGAUGAGUACACUCAAAAGACUGAUAUCAACACCAAGAUGUACUUUGACACUGACAAGGAUGAGCCAUACUGUUACUACCACUACCAAGUAAUUGUGGACACCGCUCAUCCCAAGGAAGCUGACGACUGGGUCCAAGGUCACCUUGAUAUCUGGCUAUUUGGUGACAAUGGUAACACCAUCGAGAAUGUUAGACUGACCGAGGAUCACGAGAGGUUCGAACAUGGGCAGCCAAAAUACUUCAUGUUUACCAGCCACAUUGACGUCUCACGAGUGAUCAGGAUGGAAGCUUAUUGGAGGUAUGAUGAUUCCCUCUUCGACCCCGGUAGUUACUGCUUCCUCUUGACGUGUAACUCUGCACUCUAUGUUCGCUCCAUCCAGAUCUCAUCCAUGGAAUAUUAUCCUGAGACGAGUCGACUGGACCACACUAAAGUGUUGUGUCAGGUGGGAGAGGAUUAUAUCAAGAUUAAGAAUAAACACACUGAGUUCCUGGUGUGGGACGAAUCUUGUGUCUUCUCUGUUUAGUAAACACAGUGACACCCAUCACUCUUUACCACCAGUGACACCCAUUACUCUCCACCACCAGUGACACCCAUUACUCUCAACCAUCAGCGACACCCAUCAUUCCUGAGUGAGGUGAUGGCUUGUGACGACGAACUGACCAGAUCAAUAUAUAAUAAACCUCAAAAUUAGUACAAAGUGUCCGUGAUUUUUCUCAGAGUUUAAAACUUAACCAAGUUGAUGUAUCAGACACAUGUGCAACCCAAGUGUUGCACAUGUGACUUACCAAAAAAAUUAGAAUUUUGAAAAUAUAUUUCUUGGGUGUCCUAAUUAAACCAAAUCCUUAUAACAGAAUCAGAAUUUCCCAAAUAUUUUUCAUCAUUUCGAAUGAGAAAUAAAUAUUUCAGAAUGAUUAAAA